AGGUGAGCCUCUUUCCUCGGGUCCCCGCAGCCCCCCCACUCCCACCCCCCCACCUCCAACAUGGCGGCUCCGCUGAGCGACCACGAGAAGCGGAAACAGAUCAGCGUCCGCGGCAUCGCGGGUCUCGGAGACGUCGCGGAGAUCAAGCGAAGCUUCAACCGACAUCUGCACUUCACGCUGGUCAAAGACCGGAACGUGGCCACCCCACGCGACUACUUCUUCGCGCUGGCCCACACCGUCCGGGACCAGGUCGUCGGCCGCUGGAUCCGGACGCAGCAGUACUACUAUGAGAAGGACCCGAAGAGGGUCUACUACCUGUCCCUGGAGUUCUACAUGGGUCGGGCUCUGCAGAACACCAUGAUCAACCUGGGCCUGCAGAACGCCUGCGACGAAGCUCUGUACCAGCUGGGCCUGGACAUCGAGGAGCUGGAGGAGAUCGAGGAGGAUGCCGGACUGGGAAACGGCGGACUGGGAAGACUGGCGGCGUGUUUCCUGGACUCCAUGGCGACCCUCGGCCUCGCCGCCUACGGUUACGGGAUCCGCUACGAGUUUGGCAUUUUCAACCAGAAGAUCCGUGAUGGCUGGCAGGUAGAGGAGGCAGACGAUUGGCUGCGGUACGGGAACCCUUGGGAGAAGGCGCGGCCGGAGUACAUGCUGCCGGUUCAUUUCUACGGCCGAGUGGAGAACGUGGAGAACCGGAUGAAGUGGACCGACACUCAGGUGGUGCUGGCGAUGCCCUACGACACUCCGGUUCCUGGUUACCAUAACAACACGGUGAACACCAUGAGGCUGUGGUCGGCCAAGGCUCCCAAUGACUUCAGCCUGCAGAACUUUAAUGUUGGCGAUUACAUCCAGGCCGUCCUGGACAGGAACCUGGCUGAGAACAUCUCCAGAGUCCUGUACCCCAACGACAACUUCUUUGAGGGAAAGGAGCUGCGCCUGAAGCAGGAGUACUUCGUGGUCGCCGCCACCCUGCAGGACAUCAUCCGCAGGUUCAAGUCCUCCAAGUUCGGCUGCAGGGAUCCGGUCCGAACUUCCUUUGACACGUUUCCUGAAAAGGUGGCGAUCCAGCUGAACGACACCCACCCGGCUCUGGCCAUCCCGGAGCUGAUGAGGAUCCUGGUGGACAUAGAGAAGCUGGACUGGGACAAGGCCUGGGACAUCACGCGUCGGACCUGCGCCUACACCAACCACACGGUUCUGCCUGAGGCCUUGGAGCGCUGGCCGGUCCAGAUGUUCGAGCGGCUGCUGCCUCGCCAUCUGCUCAUCAUCUACGAGAUCAACCGGAGACACCUGGACCUGAUCGCGGCCAUGUUCCCUGGAGACGUGGAGCGUCUGCGGCGGAUGUCUCUGAUCGAGGAAGGAGACCCGAAGAGGAUCAACAUGGCUCACCUGUGCGUGGUGGGAUCCCACGCCGUCAACGGAGUGGCUCAGAUCCACACGGACAUCGUGAAGACCAGCGUGUUCAGAGACUUCCACCAGGUGGAUCCUGAGAAGUUCCAGAACAAAACUAACGGCAUCACUCCGCGGCGUUGGCUGCUCCUGUGCAACCCGGGCCUGGCUGACAUCAUCGCUGAGAGGAUUGGAGAGGACUUCCUCACAGACCUGUCCCAGCUCAAGAACCUCCUGCACUUCCUGGACGACGAGUCCUUCAUCAGAGACGUGGCCAAAGUCAAACAGGAGAACAAGCUGAAGUUCUCCUCGUUCCUCCAGAAGCGCCACCAGCUGAAGAUCAACCCAGAGUCCAUCUUUGACGUCCAGGUCAAACGGAUCCAUGAGUACAAACGGCAGCUGCUCAACUGUCUCCACGUCAUCACGCUCUACAACCGAAUCAAGCUCCAUCCGGACCGAGCGUUCGUUCCCAGGACGGUGAUCAUCGGAGGGAAGGCGGCUCCUGGGUACCACAUGGCCAAGAUGAUCAUCAAGCUGAUCACUGCGGUGGGCGAGGUGGUCAAUAACGACCCGGCGGUGGGAGACAAGCUGAAGCUGAUCUUCUUGGAGAACUACAGGGUGUCUCUGGCAGAGCGAGUGAUCCCCGCUGCUGACCUGUCGGAGCAGAUCUCCACCGCUGGAACCGAAGCAUCAGGAACAGGAAACAUGAAGUUCAUGCUGAACGGCGCCCUGACCAUCGGCACCAUGGACGGCGCCAACGUGGAGAUGGCGCAGGAGGCCGGCGAGGAGAACCUCUUCAUCUUCGGGAUGAGGGUGGAGGACGUGAAGGAGCUGGACCGGAGAGGCUACGACGCCUCAGAGUUCUACAACCGUCUGCCGGAGCUGAAACUGGCGGUGGACCAGAUCCGGACCGGGUUCUUCAGUCCAGCAGAACCAGAACUGUUCCAUGGAGUGAUGGAGAUGCUGCUGCACCACGACAGGUUCAAGGUGUUUGCCGACUAUGAGUCCUACCUGAGGAGUCAGCAGAAAGUGGAGCGGUUCUACAUGAACCCCAGAGAAUGGACCCGGAUGGUGAUCAGGAACAUCGCCGCCUCGGGGAAGUUCUCCAGCGACAGAACCAUCUCCCAGUACGCCCGGGAGAUCUGGGGCGUAGAACCGUCAGCCUUUAAGAUCCCGCCCCCCAACCAGCCGCCUGUCGGGUCUCAGAACUGAAGAACCGGGCCCGGGUUGUUCUGCAAGGACCCGGACCUCUGGUUCCGGAAACAGUUUUAGGGAUCAGGCAGCUUCAGCAGGACCGUGGGUUUGAUCCAGACCAGGAGGUUCUGAUCCUUUCAGAACCGGGUCAGCCUGCAGAAUAAGAGAAAAGGUUCUGAUCCAGUUUGAAUAAAAGUUUUUUUGUUGUUGUUUGUAGAAAGUUUUUAGCUUCUAUUCUGUGGAAGCAGAACUUCUGUCGGGUCCGAUGGGCUCUCCGGUUCCAGAACCGGUCCGUUUCAUGAAGCUGAUGUCCUCAGACCCGCUUCCAUCAGAACCUUCCAGAACAUUUUGGACUCCUCCAGGACCCUGCUGUCCAAUCAGAACCCAGAGCAGGUUCUGGAUCUGAUGGUGGUUGAGCUCAGACACCAGGUCAGUCCAAUCAGGUCUGAUCUUGGAUCAGAACCGUUCCGUCUCCAGACCAGAACCUUCAGAAAUCCUCUUUAAUACUUUGGUUGAAUUUUUUUAAACGUUGGUUUUAAAGAAAUAAAUAAAUGAGAUUCCUCCAUUUCU